AUGUCGGAGGAGGAGUUUUACGUCGAUCUGAUGACAUUUUCGCGGAACGACCCGGAGCUCGCGAGAGAGGUUCCGGAGGGAGUCGAAAUCGAUGAUUUCCCGCAUCGAACGGUGAACGGAUUCAAGCUCGAUUUGUAUGGAUUGUACCAUAAUGUGUGCGCCCGCGGGGGUUUUCCACCGGACAAGGAGGACGGGAUCAAGCCUGGGCAGAAGAACCCGUGGUCGUGGAGCAAGGAAAUCUUCAAGGGCAUGGCCAACUACACGGCCGAUCACAGGUGUACCUCGGUGGGACACGACUUGAUCCACUGCUACAGAAAAUAUCUACUGCAGUACGAGCAAGCGCAUCCAGAGGACGUGAAGCCGUUCGACGCGUCACUGGAUCCGUCGACGGUGCCGAAAGGGGUGCCACUGCGGCGCGCGGCGUCGCGAAGAAGGAUACCGGGGUCGGCGCCGGCGCGUCCUCGAUCAGCAGCCGGUCCAGGUCGAGGUCGAGGUCGAGGUCGAGGUCGAGGUCGAGGUCGAGGAGGUGGGCGAGGCACCGGAGUCGCUCCGCGGAGCGCGCCGACGGGUUAUCGAGGUGGGAGAGGGUUCAAUUUUUCGGUGGGGAACCGCGUGCGCGUGUACUGGCCGAGCGAUGACGAUUGGUACUCAGGGAUGGUCGUGAUGCAAGAGACCACGCCGGAGGGGAUCGUGUACAGUAAAAUCGAUUACGAUGAUGGGGAUGAGGAGGUGUUGAAUCUCGCGAAUGAAAUCUGUGAGUGCUUGGACGCGGAUGAAGAUGGGUUGGUGUAUCGCCCGCGGCCGAGCUCGAGGAGAGCGGCGAGCGCCGUUCCGGGAGCGCUCGCGCUCGAGUACCAGGGCGGGCAUGAAAACGAGUCCGUGCGGCAGCCAAUAUCUAUGGAAGAGGUACUCGAGGCGAUGAAUCGUAGAGAGGCCGCGCGCGGGCUCUACGAGCUCUCAGGUGAACCGCACGAGGCAAAGGAGACGUACCGAUUGGGCUACAUGAUGGGCGUGCGGCGGGCGUCGCAGAAAGCCGCAGACGUUAUACAGACCGUUCUCGCGCGAGUUUUCCCCGAGAGUGAUCCCAUGCGAUCCAUCUUCACGAGAGAAGACUUGCUCAAGGCGAUUGUCGACGGCACGUACGAGGCGGAUCCAGAGAGUGACGUAGAGGAUGAACCUGCCGAGGAGGAAGCAAACGAUCCAGAAGAAUUGAAGGAAUACGACGCGCCUUGGCCGGUGGAUGCGAACAUCCCCACCGAGCAAGACGUGCUAGAUGAAUUAGAAGCCAUGCGCGCUAAGGCGAAGGCCGAGCGCGAGGCGUCGACGCAGUCGCUAGAGGAGCUCGGAGAGGGUCCGAAAUUGGUGCUCAAGAUGAAGAAGAGGAUGCGAGACGCGAUGGAAACGGGUGGGGAGGAAGACGCGCUGACGAAUACGGAUAAGGUAGAGACCGCGUUGGAAGUUGAAGACGCUCCGGAGGAUGCCCCACCGGAGGACGCGACUGCGAGCGCGACUCCGCUCGCGGACCAGAGACGUGUGGCGCUCAAUAAAGUCGUCAACGUAGAGUACGCCGGAGACAAGUCCGUCCUGCGCUGGCUAGACACCCACGGUUGGGGCCACUUCGCCGGCGCAUUCGCCUGGUACGGUGUCACCCGUCGCGUGCUCAACCAUCUCACCAUGACCGACUUCGAAAACAUGCGCGUCGACGCCGAGUUCCGCUCAAAAAUGAUGCAAGCGCUCGAUCGAAGACGCAAGCGCAACGAAAAGUAUCGUCUCAACGGCACCUAG